UCUAUUUUCAAAAAAAAAGAAAUUUCAACAUUUCCUAAUGAUAAUGUUUGGAAGUUUAAGUUUGGUGUUCUAUUAGAAUGGGAUUCAAAGGUUGUUGCUUCGUGGGCCUCAUCUUUGGAUAACAUCACAUUGGCAAUUAUCUAACAUUCAUAAUACAAUUUUAAAUCUUUCUAAGAACUUUCCAUCUUUUGCCAUCAAUCAUAUUUUAAGGGAGGCUAAUUGAACAGUGGAUGCCUUAGCUAAGAUGGGACUUUUUUUUCGAAACGAAGAGAUGAUUGCCUGGUGAUAAUCUCUUUAAUGUUCUGUUGACGGUUGCUGGCCUUUUGUUGAUUGUUUCAUUUUUGCAAGGUUGUGCUUCUCUCCCGCUUGCUAUGGCCUGGUUCUAGCUGACUUCACUUCUUGAUGCUUUUCGUCAGUACAUGCGGAUGUUUUGUUUGCUGUUUACUCAAGCAACCCCUCUCCUUCCCUGUUUCUUGGCUGUUUAUUGGCUCAUGUAAUUUUUAUAUUCUGUGUUUCUUCUGUUUUUGGAUUUGUUCAUUUAAAUGAUGUUCUUAGUACCAAAUGUUUGUAAGAAAUUAUCUAAUACGAUAUUAAGUUUAUGUAAAAUAAUCGAUAAAUCCUGUAAAAUGAUACUAAUUUUAUCACCCUUGUAAUAACUUUAUUUCAAAAAUAUUCUUUAAAAAGGGGAAAAAAAAAAAAAACGACGUUUAUAGUCACAUAACAACUUUUCGUUUAUAACAGAAAAAGAAAAUGUAGGCUGGAAGUUGCUAAUAAAAUCGGGAGGGAAUUUGAUUGGAUUGUGAAGGAAAAUAUAAUUGGUACCAUCGAAUUUAGGGUAUAUACCAAAAAAAGUAAAUAAAAAAAUACACUCUACAUUUUCCGAUAAAUGAGGUUUUGUUUUGUUUUGUUUUGCUUUUGCUGCUGUGUAUGAGAAGCAAUGAAUAUUAGGAAUUUCCAGCCUAACUUUGAACUGAUACAAAACAAAAACUAAGAGGCAAAGAGCAAUACGUGCGGGCAGCCGUUUACUACACCUACAUGAAUACUGUCUUAAUAACAGAUUUAUGUUUUUUGCAUAUAUAUUGUAUUCCCUAAUUUAUUUCCAACAUAAAUUGAAGAUCGAUUAAAAAGAAGAGGCAGAAGAGGAGGAAGAAGAAGGAGAAACCAAAGAUGAGAACGGACGCCGAUAACUAUGAGGUUUAUCGAGGAUCUGAUAAUACCGUGACGGUUUGUUAUUAUGAGAAUGUAACCAAUGACAAGGCUUUCUGGAAAAGUGAAAAUUACUUGAUUAGCUCUGUCCCUUUCUUCAUCAUCCAACUCAGCAUCAUGAUGGUUUGCAUUCGCCUUCUCUUCUUUCUCCUCAAACCUCUUCGUCAGCCGCGUUUCUUAGCUGAGCUGAUCAGUGGCAUCCUCGUAGGUCCGACUUUCUGGGCAGACUCCCCCUUGUUUGCAACAUAUGUACAUCCUAUCAAGUCCACCAAGACCCUGGACACCAUGGGACAGUUGGGUCUCGUUUACUAUAUGUUUCUUGUGGGUCUAGAGAUGGAUCUAACCAUGUUGAAACACAUCGAGAAGAAGGCUCUGUCUAAUGCCGCCAUCGGAAUUCUCCUUCCCUUGUCCAUGGGAAUUGGCUUGUACUUCCUUUUCAUGGAAUUCAAACAACCAAAAGUAAUAGGCAUGGGCGGUGCUGUAUGGGCUAUUACUCUCACUGUCACAAGCUUCUCGGAUCUUGCUCGAGUGCUUUCGGACAUGAAGCUUCUCCACACGGACAUAGGAAGAUUGGCCUUAUCUUCAGCAGUUGUUUCCGAUCUUGUUGCUUGGGCUCUUCUCGUCGCCACGUUAACAAUCGUUAACCGACGUUUUUACUACUUGAAUGUCUUAGCGACCCUUUCGUUCAUAUUGUUAUGCUGGUUUGUGGUGCGUCCUGCACUCGCAUGGAUUAUUCGUCUCAACAACACCUCUAACGGAGAUAUGGACUACGAGCUUUUGAUAUAUUUCUUUCUUGGAGGGGUAGUAGUAUUUGGAUUGAUUACAGACGCCUGUGGGUCGCAGUCCAUGCUCGGUGCUUUCUUGUUCGGACUUAUUAUACCUAAGGGAGAACUGGGAAUGAGGCUAAUGGAGAAACUUGAAGACAUGGUGACUGGAAUUAUGCUUCCUGCCUUCUUCUGGACCAACGGUCUCAAGGUCGACCUCAUCGAUUUAAGCAAGAAGGUUAACAUUUUUGUGCUGUUCGUAGUCCUAAUUUUCGCUUGCUCCAGCAAGAUUAUAAGCGCCUUCAUCUUCUCAAUGUUCCAAGGCAUGUCUACCCGUGAAGGAAUCGCUCUUGGGGUGCUUAUGAACACAAAAGGAGUUCUGGCUUUGAUUGUUCUCAACUCUGGGCGAGACUUUGUGGGCUUUGACCAACAAUUGUUCGCCACUAUGACAAUUGCAUUGAUACUAAUGACUCUGAUGGUGAAGCCCAUUGCCAUGGCUACUACCAAGUCCACAAAGCAUGUAAAACAAUACAAACGAAGGACCAUUGAGAGGAGUAAACAUGACUCUGAACUUCGAAUACUUUCGUGCAUUCAUUCGAUUAGCAACUUAUCAGGAAUGAUUAAUCUCCUCCAAUUCUCCAACCCAACCAAGCAAUCUCCCAUAUGCGUUUUUGCUCUCCAUUUGGUUCAACUAACUGCUAGACGUGUUUCUGCGAUGCUAAUUGUCCACGACGCUUACAAUCGCGCCCCUAACACUGGGCAAGAGAACCACAGCCGCGAAGUAGAAGAGUCCGAACAUAUCAUCAAUGCCUUCCAUAGCUAUGAAGGCAAAUCCACGGCGGUGUCAGUUCAGGCGCUCACAGUUGUGUCUCCAUACACCUCAAUGCACGAAGAUGUUAGCAGACUAGCCGAGGACAAGAGAGUCAACCUCAUUCUUGUUCCAUUUCACAAACAGCCAGACGUUUAUGGGAAAUUGCAGGAGGAUGAAGACGCUUCUUUGAGGGCCGUGAACCAAAGCCUCUUGGCAACUGUACCAUGCUCCAUCGGAAUACUUAUCGAUCGAGGCCUUGGAGAGUCUGAAGCGCAAAGCCAUUUCAUCAUGCUCUUCGUUGGCGGAGCAGACAACCGUGAGGCCUUAGCUUAUGCAUGGAGGAUGGCAGGAUCACCAAACGUGUCACUCACAGUAGUGCGGUUUCUUGCAAAUGCGGGGACGGAAGAUGAAGCAGAAAGUUUGAAAGAGCAGGAAAGGGAGAGAAAGCUAGAUGAUGAGUAUAUCAAUGACUUCAGGUUCAGGACAAUGUAUGAUCAGACAAUAACAUACGCGGAAGUAGCAGUUAAUUCUGGGAAUGAAAUUAUCACUUCAAUGAGAAGAAUUCAAGGGGACUAUGACUUGUACAUAGUAGGGAGAGGGCAAGGAGCUUCACCGCAAUUGACAUCGGGGCUACUAGAGUGGAGUGACUGUGAGGAGUUGGGACCAUUAGGAGACGCAUUGCUUUCAUCUGAUUUUGCAGAGAGCUCGUCUAUUCUUGUAAUUCAACAACAUUAUGUUCAAGGAGCCACAGAUGGAACUGUCAGCAGCGGCCAUGGCCCGAAUAAGUACCCUUUUAACCAUGGGCGUAUGACUUGGCUGUCAACUAAAUGAAUUUAUUAAUAUUUUAACUCUGCCCUGAAACCCACACAAAUUUACACUCAUG